AAGGCGAAAUGAAACAACAGCACUUCAAAUCACCCUUUACUUUCUUUAUGACUGGGAAAAUCCCAAGGGUGUAAAACUGCGCAUGCGCAAAGCUUCCGUUCUCUUUUCAGCCGUUCAAGAUGGGUCGGGUAAGGACGAAGACCGUGAAGAAAGCUUCUCGUGUUAUCAUCGAGAAAUUCUACCCGAGAUGUACUCUUGAUUUCCACACGAACAAGCGUCUCUGUGAAGAGAUCGCUAUCAUCCCAAGCAAGCGUCUUCGCAACAAGAUCGCUGGGUUUGUCACCCAUUUGAUGAAGCGCAUCCAAAAGGGACCCGUCCGUGGAAUCUCCAUCAAGCUCCAGGAAGAGGAGCGUGAGCGCCGUGACAACUACGUUCCAGAGGUUUCUGCUUUGGACGGUGAAGUCAUUGAAAUCGAUGCUGACACCAAGGACAUGUUGAAGACCUUGGACUUCAACAUCCCCAACCUCCAGGUCGUAUCAGCUUCUCAGAACGAAUCUAAUAACCGUCCGUACGGUCGUCAGCAGAGAGCGUAAAAUACAUGUUUUAUACAUGA